GGGCCUCACUCAGAGUCAGAACCGGACCAUUUAACACUUGGAGCCUUUCGGCCCUAUCGGUAUAGCCCCAGCCGCGACCCCUCCCUCCAUAGUUGCACGCACAUUAUCACUGCACAGCCGCCGUGGAGUAACCGCCAAAACCACUCAUCCCCUUCCUCAGUUUCUCCUGUUUCUCUAAUCGACGCCUAGCCUAGCAUCGUUUCGUCACCGUUGAGCGACUCCGAUAAUCACUUCCUCUUUCCGGUGACUCUUAUAUACACUUCCUUCACUAUCUUUCGACGUACACGAGAGUGAUUGAUCGAAUGUGCCUCAAAGCCCUACAUCAUUUUCUCACUCUUUUUGAAGAUACGCGGUGAAUUGAGGGGAUUAAAGGUCAUACAAAGUUGAUAUUUCGAAGUUAGCAUUUCCAUUCCGCCUCCUUCAGACGCCCAGUAGAUUUGCCGUUGAAGCUUCAAUCAACACAGGAAGAGAGUUUAUAUCAAAAGCCUCUAUUGAGUCUUCGAAUUCUGAGAUGGCCAGAUGGGAUGAGAUUCUGUCCCUUCCUGUACAGAAUCCUCCAACCUUGGAGUUUUCUUCUGCUGAUAUUGUGUGGUCUAAGGUGGAAGGUUGGCGCGACAAUAUAGAUAGAGUUGCUUUGAUACCCUUUGCCAGAGUGGACGAUUUUUUAAGGGGUGAAUCCGCAAAUAAAGACUGCCCAACAAGAUUUCACGUGGAAGCCAGGAGGCGGAGGCCUCCGGAGAUGGCUUACAAGCCAAAGGUUGAUGGUAUACUUGAAUAUAUCCUGUAUUGGUGUUCCUUUGGCCCGGAUGACCACAGAAAGGGUGGCAUUGUCAGACCAAGCAGGAGUACUUAUGUCCCGAAAAAAAAAACUGCAGGUCGUCCAAAUACAAAGAGAGGUUGCACCUGCCACUUUAUUGUGAAACGUUUAAUUGCAGAGCCAUCAGUAGCUCUUAUCAUAUAUAAUCAGGAUAAGCACGUAGAUAAGAAAGGCUUGCCAUGCCAUGGUCCGCAGGACAAGAAGGCAGCUGGAACGCGUGCUAUGUAUGCCCCAUAUAUCUCAGAGGAUCUCCGCCUCCGCGUCUUAUCUCUAUUGUAUGUUGGUGUUUCCGUGGAAACCAUAAUGCAAAGACACAACGAAUCAGUGGAGAGACAAGGGGGGCCAUGUAACCGUGAUGACCUUUUAACCCACCGGUACGUCCGGAGGCAGGAGAGGAGCAUCCGGCGUUCUACUUAUGAAUUGGAUGCAGAUGAUGCAGUCAGUGUCAGCAUGUGGGUUGAAAGCCACCAGAGUCAUGUUUUCUUCUACGAAGAUUUCUCUGAUUCUGACCCAUUCGUCUUAGGUAUUCAAACGGAGUGGCAGUUGCAACAAAUGAUUCGAUUUGGCAACCGCAGCCUCGUGGCUUCUGAUUCAAGGUUUGGAACAAAUAAAUUGAAGUAUCCUGUUCUCAGUCUUGUUGUGUUCAACUUGGACAACAAGGCCAUCCCAGUAGCAUGGAUAAUAGCACCGAAAUUUACAAGCAUAGAUGGGAAUAGAUGGAUGAGGGCCCUUUACAAUCGAGUUCGGUCUAAAGACCCUACAUGGAAAUUGGCUGGAUUCAUAGUAGAUGACCCUUUGUCUGAUGUGCUCACAAUCAGGGAAGUGUUUCAAUGCUCUGUAUUGGUAUGCUUUUGGCGGGUUCGUCAUGCAUGGCACAAAAACUUAGUAGAGAGAUGUUCAGAAAUCGAGAUGCGUGUCGAGAUAUCAAGACGGCUUGGUCAAGCAGUGUAUAACAUCUGCAGAGGAAAUGGAACUGUUGAUUUGUUUGAGGAUUUUAUGGAAGAUUUCAUCGAUGCCUCAGAUUUUAUGGAUUACUUUAAAGCGGUUUGGUAUCCUAAAUUAGGGUUCUGGACUACUGCGCUUAAAUCACUUCCACUUGCCAGCCAGGAGACUUGUGCAGCAAUGGAGUUUUAUCAUAACCAACUGAAGCUAAGGUUGUUAAAUGAGAAGGACUCUACGGUUUAUCAACGGGCUGAUUGGUUGGUUGAUAAGUUGGGUACUAAAGUGCAUUCCUACUUCUGGCUUGACGAGUAUUCAGGUAAGGAUGAUUUCACACGAUACUGGAAAGAUGAAUGGUUGAGUGGGUUAACAUCUUGGCGCAAAUCAUUGAAGAUUUCAGACUCUGAUGUUGUCAUGGAGGGUAAAUGUGCAAAAGUUAUUGACCCGGAAGAUCGAAACCGAGCUCAUGUUAUUUGGAACCCAGGGUCAGAAUUUGCAAUCUGUGAUUGCAGUUGGGCGGAAAUGGGUAACCUGUGUGAGCAUGUAUUCAAAAGUAUUAAAGUUUGUCGUGAUAAAGGGUGUAGUUUGCCGUCUACCUCUAUGUUUCAGUAUCACCAGGCUUUGGUUAAGAUGCUACACUGCCCACCUUAUGACUCUUUGAUUUGCGAUCAUGCUGUUUCUCUAGCAAUUUGGGUUCAGAUGCAGUUAAAUGCACAAGUUGAUCUUGAUAACAACCACACUAAUGUGGAUCCUGCUGAGCAACAAAUUGUAGGGCCAGCAGUUUUACCUAGUCAAGAUAGAGAUGCAGUAAAUGAAAACCGCGGUGAUAAAGAGAACGUAUCCCAUACCGAGAAUGGUUCUCCAAACAGUAUUAUGAGUGAUACCGAGAAUGGUUCUCCAAACUGUAUUAUGAGUGAUUUGGGUGGUGACUUGAUUAAUCAGUGUGACUCUUUCACUGAGAUGGAAGUUGAUCCAUCAUCCAUCUAUACCUCUGCAUCCAGAUUAUUUUCUAUUGAUGGGGUUCUAUCUGCUGAUGUCACAGAGAAUGGGGAGAGUGUUCUGAUUGAUGCAGGCAUAGACAUAACCAAGAAUCUUCCUUCUGCAGAUGAAUCAUUUGAAAAUCUAAAUGGUUUUGAUGAUGAAAUCAUGGAGAAAGACACUGGUGAAAACAUGGUGGAUGUGGAUUUGGUGCCACAGUCUAAACAUGUCCCUCUGUCAACAACGGAGUCUCUAGAGCAAUGCACGAGGGUCCGUCAGAAUGAUGUUUGCAGCAAUGAUGCAGAACCAUCUGCAAUUCCUUAUGUAGAAAAUAUUGAUCCCAAAAGCAAUAAUAUUUCCCCGCAUGUACGCAUGCCCGUCGGUCCCUUGCUUGUUGAUAUGGUUGAAGCUUCACGUGUAAACAAAGAGAGUGGAGGGACAGAUUUGCAAAGUGAGAAUGGAUGUACAAUUGAAAAGCUCUCCCCAAAAGAUGACCAUGUUUCCUCAGAAAGGGUUCAAGAUAACAUGGUAGAAGAUUCUAAUCUUUGUGAUGUUGCCAAUAGAGAUGGCAGCCUGAUGGAAUUGUGCCCAAAAUCAAUUCAAGAUUCCUCUUCAAAGUCAGUUUCUAGUGAGCAACAAAACCUUGUUGAGUUUGCAACUCAUGGAGCUGAGAUCUCUGCAAAGCUAUCUUCUACCGAUAAAGAAUUUCUCGCUAAAUGUGGGGCUCAAAAUGGUGUUGCUGAUAAUGGUUGCCAUCAUAAGGCGAAUAGCCAGCAUGAUAUUGUCAACGUUGCAAAUGGUACCCUAACAGAAGGAAAUGUUUCAGGGGAGCCCGCCCAUGUUUCUCCAGCAAGGACGACUUCUAAUGAGCAUCAGAAUGCUGUUAAUGCUGCAGUUUGUGAUGACUGAAAGAGGUUCAAAACUUCCUAAUUCUCUCAAUCCAUGUACAUAGUAUUGUUGAACCUGACUAACUAUUUUUUCCCCGAUUCAGCCAAUGAGUUCUUUUACUAAUUUUCUUCAUUGUUGAGCCCUUCUAUGAUUAAGAGAGUCACCUUUUUGACUGCUUAGGCUACUUACAGAUUGAUCCUGUGCUUCUGUACUACUGAACUUUGUUCCAGUUGUGAAAAAAGUGGAUGAUAGAAAAUAUGCAAGAGAAUGAAAUGGGUAGGAGUGAAACAAAAAAUGAAUUUGUGAUUGUAUACUUGAUGUUGAUAUUAGGGGGCAAAGGUGCAGUAAUAUACGAUAUAUGUUCAUUUAUUCUUCGCGAAAAUUUUCUGCCCGUUUCUUGAAUAAUUGUUGUGCCUUUGGCAGCUUACCUCCUGAACUAUUCUUCAAAAAUUUGUGGGGAUUUUGUUUGGCUUGUUUUCUACUGCGAUUGCAGCAUUUGGCAAACGGAAGCAGAUCUCGAUGAACUUACAAUGUGAGUGAUCCGAAUGGUCUUCUGGUUUCAUCAAUUCUCAAGUGCAGUUUAUAUUUAUAUUUAUGUUCUUGAUAGUUUUAUUUAUCAAAAAAAAAUUAUAUUUAUGUUCUUGAUAGAAGGCAUCUUUUUUUUCAUCUUUAUAAUGCUUGUAAGUUGUAAGAGAGUUACACAUAUAUUUUUUCUUUAACUAAUAUAUAUAAUUCAUAUUUAUACCAA